AUGAACACUCCGGAGACUAGUUUCAUGCCCCCACUGACUGUGGCCAAGCGGGGCACCACCGUCUGCAGAAAUAACAAGAUAUACUCACAGCAACUUCUGCAGCACGCUGUUAUAACGUUUGGGUCCCCGCAUAAUGAAGUCACAUGCCCCCCAUUCAAGGCUCUCGUGGAGGGAAACCGCACCGGUGAGGAGCGAGUGAUUAGGACGGAUGAUGAGAGACGACGAAGAAGCGACGAAUAUGAAGCUGCUACCGAGCGGCGGAAACUGCAGCAAGUAAGCGCGGAGCUGCAGCGGGCGUUGGAUAAGUUACGGCAAAAAGGCAAAGAAGAAGCAAAGUUGCGACGUAAACUGGCUCUUACACAGCUCAAGCUAGAGGAGGAGGUCGAACGCAGAAUGCUUACCAUAGAUGGUCUAUUUGGGCAAAUACAUCUUUACCAGAAGUUUGCGCGUGAGCAGUGUGAGGAACAGCGCCGCCUUCUUCAGAAGGUUUUGGAGCGGGACGAGGCCGUUGAGAAACUGAAAGGAGGACGGGCUGAAAAAGCCCUAAAAGCUAAAAUAAACCAGGAGAUGGAGGCCCUUCGCACAGAAAACGACGUGCUUCGACAGCAGCUUGAGGAGUUUCAUAGCGCCAAGGCACAGUGGGAGCAAACAUGCGAGCGACUGCGCGGACAAAAUGAUGAUAACGAAGCCAGCUCGUCAAGGAUGCGGCAUGUAUUGGAGACGGACCUUAUGCGCACUCAGGAGCAGUUGCAAAAAGUGACUGAUGAGCUGAUUGUGGUAAGGAAGACUCUAGAGGCCUCAGAUGCGAAGAUGGAGCAAGUUAGACUUUUCGUGCAAAUGGUGUGUCAGCCGAACUUCUACGUGGUGAAGGAUAAGUCACUCGAGCCAGUAGACCGAAACCGACCGGAUCCAACAGGGUAUGUUCUCGUGCCGUUGACGGUCCUGCUGCAGGGGUACACUCUCCUGUCUCCAAGCGACCGUCGUGGCCUUAUAGAAUCGUAUCAGUUUCGCGUUCCACAGUGA